AUGACUGAAGACCUGUUAAUCCCGCUGCUACUAUUUCUUACAGCAUUUGCGCUGACUUUUCAUCUUUGGAAAUACUUGCAGAGAUCAAAUUUGCCCCCGGGACCAUGGGGGUAUCCAGUUGUAGGUGUCCUGCCUAGAUUUGAUUUUUCUGAUAUUGAAACAUAUCGACGUCUGCGAAAGCAGUAUGGCAAUGUUUACUCUCUGAGACUUGGGCUGCAGAAUGUUGUGGUUGUCUGUGGGUAUAACAUGUUGAGGGAGGUCUUUAUUGUCAAUGGUGAGGCCUCCUCUGAUCGCCCUCAGAAUUACCUGAUGAAAGAACUGUCUGAAAACGCAGGCGUGGUGGCCACAUCUGGUCCUCGUUGGAGAGAGCUCAGAAAUUUUUGCCUUCGAACUCUCCGUGAUCUCGGAUACAAUAAACGCUCAAUCGAUAUGAGAGUACAGGAAGAGAUCCACUACGUUCUGGAGGAGGUAGCUAAUUACCGGGGGAAACCCUUCAAUAUCAAACAACUGGCUCAAAUGAGCAUUUCCAAUAUCGUCUGUUCAGUUAUUUAUGGCAAACGUUUUGACUACCAAGAUCCAGAUUUUGUAAAACUGAUGGCAAAUAUGAAUACUGUGUUCGAAAAAGGUAGCUCAACAGGCGCCAUCAAUUUCUUCCCAUUUCUUCGAUUUUUACCCGGGGAUUUGUUUCGUGUUAAAAUGUUAAAGACGUGCUAUCAGGUUGAAGUGGCUUUUAAUAAAGAUCGAAUCCAAGAGCACAGAAACAAGCUCAAUUUACAGGAGCCACCACGUGACUAUAUAGAUUCUAUUUUAAUGGCCCAAGCCAAUGAUACCUUACUUGACGAUGUUCAGGUGUAUCACCACAUCAGCGAGAUGUUUGCUGCGGGCACAGACACCACUGCAACUGCCAUUCGAUGGGCUCUUCUUUUCCUGAUUCAUAAUCCAGAAGUUCAAGACAAAAUGUUGCAAGAAAUUACGGAGGUAACAGGAGACGUUCGCCUUCCCCUCAUAGCAGACCGAGAUAAAAUGCCAUACUGUGAAGCUGUUGUAAAUGAAGUAUUGCGCAUGGGUAACAUAGCUCCACUGAGUCUACCACACAUGACGUCGCAUGAUUUUACGGUGGCGGGAUAUAAAAUUCCUAAAAACACUACAUUGAUUCCGUGUUUAUCGCCACAUACAAGAGACCCUGACUUGUUUCCAAAUCCAGACAAGUUUGACCCCGAGAGAUUCGUGACAUCAGAUAAAUUCACUUCUGAACGAGAAAAAGUCUUGGCAUUCUCUCUGGGCAGGAGGGUGUGUGUCGGUGAGUCAUUGGCUCGGAUGGAACUUUUUCUGUUUCUGACGUCUCUUGUCCAGCGGUUCAAAUUUACGAUGGAAGAUCCGAACGUUCCGCCAUCACUGAAGGGAGUCAUGGGCUUCACCCAUUCACCCAAACCAUAUCAUCUGGUGGCAACCAAACGGGAGUAG